UAAAUAUAAACUCCGAAUGCAGCCCUGCGUACAAUUUUUCAACUUCCUGUCACGCUGUAUAUGUGAUUCUUUCUUUCCUUUGAUUCUGUUGCCGAAGCAAGUUUGGUGACUGGAAUACAAGAUGCAGAUCUUCGUUAAGACCCUCACGGGCAAGACCAUCACUCUUGAGGUCGAACCGUCGGAUACUAUCGAAAAUGUUAAAGCCAAGAUUCAGGACAAAGAAGGAAUUCCUCCAGAUCAGCAGCGUCUGAUCUUCGCUGGCAAGCAGCUGGAAGAUGGCCGCACCCUCUCUGACUAUAACAUUCAGAAGGAGUCCACUUUGCACUUGGUGCUGCGUCUGCGUGGUGGUGCCAAGAAGCGCAAGAAGAAGAACUACUCCACCCCCAAGAAAAUCAAGCACAAGAGGAAGAAGGUCAAGCUAGCUGUCCUGAAAUACUACAAGGUUGACGAGAACGGCAAGAUCCACCGUCUCCGUCGCGAGUGCCCCGGUGAGAACUGCGGCGCCGGCGUCUUCAUGGCUGCCCACGAAGAUCGUCAUUACUGCGGCAAGUGCAACUUGACCUUUGUCUUCAGCAAACCAGAGGAAAAGUAAAUCUGCUACAUAACAUGUACGUUUCCAGAAAUCAAAUAAAGGUAGUAAUUGAAUAAUAAAUUCAAUCACAGAAA